AUGGCGUCUUCUGUGGGCAACGUGGCCGACAGCACAGAACCAACGAAACGUAUGCUUUCCUUCCAAGGGUUAGCUGAGUUGGCACAUCGAGAAUAUCAGGCAGGAGAUUUUGAGGCAGCUGAGAGACACUGCAUGCAGCUGUGGAGACAAGAGCCAGACAAUACUGGAGUACUUUUAUUACUUUCAUCUCUACACUUCCAGUGUCGAAGGCUGGACAGAUCUGCCCACUUUAGUACUCUGGCAAUUAAACAGAACCCUCUUCUGGCAGAAGCCUAUUCGAAUUCGGGGAAUGUGUACAAGGAAAGAGGGCAGUUGCAGGAAGCAAUUGAGCAUUACCGGCAUGCAUUGCAUCUCAAGCCAGAUUUCAUCGAUGGUUAUAUUAACCUGGCAGCCGCUUUGGUAGCAGCAGGCGACAUGGAAGGGGCAGUACAAGCUUACGUCUCUGCUCUUCAGUGCAAUCCUGAUUUGUACUGUGUUCGCAGUGACCUGGGGAACCUGCUCAAAGCCCUGGGUCGCUUGGAAGGAGCCAAGGCAUGUUAUUUGAAAGCAAUGGAGACGCAACCGAACUUUGCAGUAGCUUGGAGUAAUCUUGGCUGUGUUUUCAAUGCACAAGGGGAGAUUUGGCUUGCAAUUCAUCACUUUGAAAAGGCUGUCACCCUUGACCCCAAUUUUCUGGAUGCUUAUAUCAAUUUAGGAAAUGUCUUGCAAGAGGCACGGAUUUUUGACAGAGCUGUGGCAGCUUACCUUUGUGCCCUAAGCUUGAGCCCAAAUCAUGCAGUGGUACAUGCCAACCUGGCUUGUGUAUACUAUGAGCAAGGCCUGAUAGAUCUGGCAAUAGACACCUACAGGCGAGCUAUUGAGUUGCAACCACAUUUCCCUGAUGCUUACUGCAACCUAGCCAACGCUCUGGAAGAGAAGGGCAGUGUUGCCGAAGCAGAAGAUUGUUAUAAUACAGCUCUGCGGCUGUGUCCCACCCAUGCAGACUCUCUGAAUAACCUAGCCAAUAUCAAAGGAGACCAAGGAAACAUUGAAGAGGCAGUUCGCUUGUAUCGUAAAGCAUUAGAAGUCUUCCCAGACUUUGCUGUUGCCCAUUCAAAUUUAGCAAGUGUAUUGCAGCAGCAGGGAAAACUGCAGGAAGCUCUGAUGCAUUAUAAGGAGGCUGUUCGAAUCAGUCCUACCUUUGCUGAUGCCUACUGUAACAUGGGAAACACUCUAAAGGAGAUGCAGGAUGUUCAGGGAGCCUUGCAGUGUUAUACUCGUGCCAUUCAGAUUAACCCUGCACUUGCAGAUGCCCACAGCAAUCUGGCUUCCAUUCACAAGUAUUCAGGGAAUAUUCCAGAAGCAAUUGCUUCUUAUCGCACUGCUCUGAAGCUUGAACCUGAUUUUCCUGACGCUUAUUGUGAUUUGGCUCAUUGCCUGCAGAUUGUCUGUGAUUGGACAGACUAUGAUGAGCAAAUGAAGAAGUUGGUCAGCAUUGUGGCUGACCAGCUGGAGAAGAAUAGGUUGCCUUCUGUGCAGCCUCAUCAUAGUAUGCUCUAUCCUCUUUCUCAUGGCUUCAGGAAGGCUAUUGCUGAGAGCCACGGGAACCUCUGCUUGGAUGAGAUCAGUGUCCUUCAUAAACCACCGUACGAACAUCCAAAAGACUUGAAGCUCAGUGAUGGUCGACUGCGUGUAGGAUACGUGAGUUCUGACUUUGGGAAUCAUCCUACUUCUCAUCUUAUGCAGUCUAUUCCAGGCAUGCACAAUCCUGAUAAAUUUGAGGUAUUCUGUUAUGCCCUGAGCCCAGAUGAUGGCACAAACUUCCGAGCGAAGGUGAUGGCAGAAGCCCAUCAUUUCAUUGAUCUUUCUCAGAUUCCAUGCAAUGGGAAAGCAGCUGAUCGCAUCCAUCAAGAUGGUAUACACAUCCUUGUAAAUAUGAAUGGUUAUACCAGGGGUGCUCGAAAUGAACUCUUUGCUCUCAGGCCAGCUCCUAUUCAGGCAAUGUGGCUGGGCUACCCUGGGACCAGUGGCAUGCUUUUCAUGGAUUAUAUCAUCACUGAUCAGGAAACUUCACCUGCUGAAGUUGCUGAGCAGUAUUCUGAGAAACUGGCUUAUAUGCCCCAUACUUUCUUUAUUGGUGAUCAUGCUAAUAUGUUCCCUCACCUGAAGAAGAAGGCAGUCAUCGAUUUUCAGUCCAAUGGGCACAUUUAUGACAAUCGGAUUGUGCUGAAUGGCAACGACCUCAAAGCAUUUCUUGAUAGUCUCCCAGAUGUGCAGAUUGUCAAGAUGAAAUGUCCUGAUGGAGGAGACAACGCAGACAGCAGUAAUACAGCUCUUAAUAUGCCUGUCAUUCCUAUGAAUACUAUUGCAGAGGCAGUUAUUGAAAUGAUUAACAGAGGACAAAUUCAGAUAACAAUUAAUGGAUUCAGUCUUAGCAAUGGACUGGCAACUACCCAGAUCAACAUUAAGGCUGCCACUGGAGAGGAGGUUCCCCAUACCAUUAUUGUAACCACACGUUCUCAGUACGGGUUACCGGAAGAUGCGAUUGUCUACUGUAACUUUAAUCAGUUAUAUAAAAUUGACCCAUCUACUUUGCAGAUGUGGGCAAAUAUUCUGAAGCGUGUUCCCAAUAGUGUACUGUGGCUGUUGCGUUUUCCAGCAGUAGGAGAACCUAAUAUUCAACAGUACGCACAAAACAUGGGCCUUCCCCAGAACCGUAUCAUUUUUUCACCUGUUGCUCCUAAAGAGGAACAUGUUCGGAGAGGCCAGCUGGCUGAUGUCUGCUUGGACACUCCACUCUGUAAUGGACACACCACAGGGAUGGAUGUCCUUUGGUCAGGGACACCCGUGGUGACUAUGCCAGGAGAGACUCUUGCUUCCCGAGUUGCAGCUUCCCAACUCACUUGUUUAGGCUGUCGUGAGCUUAUUGCUAAAAAUAGACAAGAAUAUGAAGACAUAGCUGUGAAACUGGGAACUGAUCUAGAAUACCUGAAGAAAAUUCGUGGCAAAGUCUGGAAGCAGAGAACAUCUAGCCCUCUGUUCAACACCAAACAAUACACAAUGGACCUAGAGCGGCUCUAUCUACAGAUGUGGGAGCAUUACGCAGCUGGCAACAAACCUGAUCACAUGAUUAAGCCUGUUGAAGUCACUGAGUCGGCCUAAAUAAUGACUGUGUGCACAGGAGAAUUACCCUGUACCUGAGCCUCAACCUUCUGGGGGAAAGGGAACUACUUUUUCCUUAUCUGUACAAUACCAUGCUGCAGAUGGGUGACAGACAAUGAUAAGAAAUAGCACAGCCAGACUUGCUUCCUGCAUGAUCACGAUCACGAUAGGGAGAGACACAAGAGAUGGGAAACUGCUGUUCCUCAAGGAGUCUCCAUAGAAUUUUGCAGCAGCCAGGUGUCUGGAAGGUCUGGAAGGUAAGUGUGGAAGGUCUGAUCUCCCUUGGUCUUCCAUGGGAUGGAUGGUUAGUGUGGAAGGGAGAUAGAGAUUGCCCAGCCGUUUUGUGAUUAUCAUGGAUUGAUUGAGUCUUCUGAAUUAAUAUUUUUCUUUAUAUUUUGGGUAUUGGAGCUUUUAAAAAUGUUUGGUUUCAGGUAUUUUUAUUCAUGUGAAGUGUAUAUGAUUCUCUUGAGAUAAGGUUUUAAGCUAAAAUAUUCCUUGUUUUAGUUUCUGAACUCUACAGAUAAAUGGGGAUUUUGCUGGUGUAGUCUUUUUAUAGGUUUUAUAAACCACUUGAACCUAUAUCAGUCAUUUUAGUGUCUGACAUAAUGUUUGGAACUAUCAGUGCUUUGUUGGUUUAUAGAUGAUGGCUUAAAUUCUUUUCCUGGUCCGUUUCCUUCUUCCCGUCCCCCCACUUUAAAAAUUCUCCUGUAACUUGGCUAACAAAAAACCAAGUCUGAUUCAAAACCUCCCAGAGCGUUUCUCUUAAACGCAUCAUCUGGUGCCAAAUGAAGAUCCUUAGGAGUGAUUAUUAAUUCUGAAGGGCACAGUUGUGGUACUGUCACUGAUGAUAAUAAUAAUGGAUUUUUGGCCUAGAGUGUUGACCUAUUUCACCAGUGUUUUACCGUUGACUGCCCCUCUAUGCUGCUUCCAAAAGUCAUAGUGUGUGAUAAGAUUUUUACUUUCAUUUCUAAAGUUUUUUUUUUUUGUUAGUGAGUCCUGUUCUUCCUUUUUCUUUCAGCAGAAAUGAAAUCCCAGGUAAGUAUAAGUAUUCAAAUAUUUGAUCAGUAAGUCACAGUUAUCUCCAGUACAUUAAAUAACUUUCAUCAAAGAAACAUG